UUCACCUAUCAUUCUGACUAAAGACUCCGGCCGUGCGGGGAGGUUUCUUACAACCUCCUUGCUCCUUGCAAGCAAGCAUGUUGACUGUCAUCUGGGUGAAGUACAAGCAACAAAGGUAACACUUCAUGCUGGAUAAGUUACAAACAACAUCAUGGCACUAAAGGUGACUUGUGGCUUUGCACGUGUUGCUGUCCGACAAAGUAAAUUGCUGCGAGUUUCUGAGAACGAAAAAUCUGCACAGAAACAUAGAUCAGUAUGCCCAACAGUCAGAUAUGAAGCAUUCAACGAGGUCUUUAAAAGUGACACAACUUUGAGUUUUGAGGACUUUUGCAAAAGUGCUUCCCAUAUCGAUAAGGUGAUCAAUGGCUGGAUGGGCUCGAAGACAAAUCGAGAAGACAAACUCAAGUUUCUUGAUCACUUCAAAAUCAACAACUGGAAGAAACUUGGUUCUUCUGAAAAGGCAGAACACACCAUGCAUGGUCUGUGCAAAGGGUGCUGUACCAAUCACAAGCCCUUUUGGAACCUCUACAACAAACAAAUCAAGUGCCCUAAAACAAGAAAGGCACUUGAAUUUGAUGACCUCAACUGCCAGCCAACAACUUUCAUGAAGCUGGAUGUUGAAGAGGAAGGGGCCAGACAAUUAUUUCAGCAGGCAGAUAAAAUCUGUAAGAGGCAGUACAAACGACCCCUGUCAGAAAUCCUACCAGAGCUUAACAUUACCUCUGCUGAACAGGAAAGAAGCAAAAGAAGGAAAACGAUGUGCAAGGCCAGAGAACAAAUCCAAAAGGCUGCCAAAAGAAACAACAAAGACUUGGACAUUACGUAUGGCAGUGGGGAGUCCCUGGGCUCCCGAAGAGUUCGAAGACUGGCAGAAGAGUUUGAAAACAGACAUGAUGCAGAGGAAAGAACAAAACGAAGAAAGGAAAGGGAGGCAGCUGGAAAGCUGAAGCCAAAAGACAGAUUAGGGAACUUUGGCACCCUCUGUAACUUUGACAAGGAGAACCUAAAGGAAGAGGUCUUGGCAUAUGAAGAUGGCAAAGAUGUCAACUGGACCCAACUGGCUAUCAAACAUGGUGUCAGAGGCAAAGAUGGAAAUGUGCCAGGUAAUGCAGGUCAGCUGGUAAAGCUCUGGUUGCAAAGUGAAGGUAUCGACACCGACAGAUUCAAGGCAAGUUCUACUCACGAAGUACUUCGCAAGGCAAGAAUUCGACUAGACAGCGACCCAAAGAUCUCAGUGCCAAAGAAAAGAACUGAAAAACAGAUAAGUGAGCAACUCAGAGUAUGUAUCACUGAAGGAGAAGUCCCUAUUGGAGAGUUUAUCGUCCCCAAGCAAUACAAGACAUACUUUCUCAAUAAAGAGACGAACAGGAUAGAAACACAGGUUACAGAGAUUGAAGGAAGAAAGCGACCCCUACAAGAAAUCAGAGAAGACCUAUUAAGGAAACAACAGCCUUUCCUGCGAGAGCCUAGAGACUAUGGCAGUAUGACAACCGAACAGCUGGUGAAGAGGCUGGAAGAGUUGGGGGAGGAGACAAGUGGAGAAUCUGAAGACGAGUUAAGAGAACACUUGUACUCUGUAGAGAACACAAGGUUUGAGUCCUAUUGGGAAGAUGGGGCUAGUAUGGCUAACCACGGACACAUCUUGUACCUUGUAGCAACCAUCUACGACCCAGCAGUCUUUCUGACUAAUGCAGAAUACUAUCAGAAGUAUAAAGUAAAAUUGAAUGUCCAGGCCAUGGUUGAAAGACCAGAGAUCUAUCUCAUAGCACGGUGUGGAGGGUCAGAUGCGGAGCAGUUGCUGUAUGCCGAGACGAGGAGAGAUGACCUCCCAACCCUGUCCCUGCCAGUUGUCAGUUCAGAUGGACGCCCCAUAAAGGACAGAUUAAGGUUUUGCAAGGGCGACCAACCAUCCCGCGGGUUUGAGUUUGGAAAACAGCGAGUUGGCUUUUACUCCUGUACGUGCCCGGCUGACAUGAGAGCAGUAGAUGACUUUUGGAAAUGCUGCCAUGUUGAAAAUCCAGUAUCAGACAUCAAAGACAGACAAAGCUUCAUCAUGGAAGGCCCAGUAACAUCUCAAAAAGCAUCACUAACCAUCCCGGAUCCAUUUCACAGCAUGACAAAGGAGGAGCUGCAGGAGGAACUGACAUACAGGGGCACGGUUGACUAUUCCUCUGCAGAAACAAUGACUAAAAAAGCCCUCAGUGACGCCUUCAAGGAAACUUUUCAUGGAGUGAAACGAGUGCCAACACUCCUGUACCAGAAGCCCAAUCAAAGUGUUGAGGAACUGAACCUACAAUAUCUUGAAGAAACUGCAAGUGAGCCCAUGCAUGACUUGUCAAACCACACCAAAAAUCUUCUAUCAGAGCUACCAUCAAGAGUACCAAAAGAAGUGUCUGAAACAAUCGACACUGUCAAAGGACAUCUCCUUAACAAAGACGUAGUCAGAGCAUCAGACCUGCGACUUGCUCUACUUGUCCUAUAUCAGCAGCUGAAAGAAAUCAGCGAAGUGAGUGACCAAACACUCAAGCUCAUCGAAACCCUGGCCAACAUGCAGCAGCUCUGCUAUGCAGAUGCAGAGGAACGUUCUAUCACAUCUGUCUUCAGGAUGACAAACCAAAUUGUCCUGCACCACCUGCUGAUGAAGGAAUGCUUGCCUGGACCACCGAAAACAAUGACUACUAGGAAACUUUGGGGCCACUACAUGCACUCGCUGAGAGAUCACAUCCCUAUCGUGUUCAGGAUAGUGGCCACCAGCUCCACCAUGGCGGAGAAUGAAGAGCGACAGUUCAGUUCUCUCAAGCGGAUCACAAAAUCGUCAGCAAACUAUUCAAAGCCAGGCCACAUCAUCAAAAAUCUGUUCGUCAGAACGCACUAUCAACAGAAACUACAACCAUCGUCCAGCAACCACCAAAUAAACAAGAUCUCUCAAGCUGCAAAGGCCAUCCCGAAGGAGAGAACAAGGAUCCCCAUCAACCUCCUCAAGAAGUAUCCAAGAGAUGCACAGACAUACUGUGAGAGGAUUUCAGACUUCCUCCUUCCUGGCUAUGGAGUACAUUGGCACAUUGAAGAAGACCAUGUUGUUCUCCAUGACGCCCCGGAUGACAAGCCCAACUCCGUUCACGGCCCAAAGCUCCAUCAUUUCAGAUCAACAACACUGAAGAAGGAACAUGCCUACUUGCAACAGAAAUGGCAGGAAUGCAUCCAAAAACAAGUUCCCAUGCCACUCAGCAUACUGUGGGUGUAUGAAGGGCAGAAGCUCAUCAAGAAGUUCAAAACACCAUACCUUGACCCAGGCUACAGCUUUGAACCACAAGUACAUCACAACCUGCCAUUCUGUCAAGAUGGAGAAGAUGAAGUUGAUGAAGAGGAGCGCCGAUGUGAACCUGAGGCAGAGGGAACUGAAUCUGGGGCGGAGGAUGACACAGUCGUCGUAAGGAUGGAGAGACUCGAUCCAGAGCCAGAUCUGGAGGAAGUGGGCACAUCAUCAGAAACCAGGCACAUGGGAUCCUGUGUUACAUCCACACCAUCCCGAGGCUACAACAUACCAGACACACCAGACAGGACACCUUCAAGGGAUCUGGAUGUUUCUGUGCCAAGUACGCCAUGCCACACGGAUACGGUCUCUGGCAGCAGCAUCUCCACUCCAGCCAGAAGCAGCAGCAUCUCCACUCCAGCCAGUAGCAGCUGCAUCUCCACUCCAGCCAGUAGCAGCAGCACCAUGCUGAACACUGACAUUCCAACUCCACCAAACACUCCUAUGGUCCCUGGGCAGGACAGAAAUAGGGAUGAAUCAAAGUGGAAGACAAAGAUGGGCAGUGCUUUAGCAGUGGUGCUGGGAGACGUGGCAAUUGUCAGGCGCCUGGACAGCCUAAAGGCGAAGUUGAAGACUUCAGGCUCACACAACAACAAGUACAUCAAAGUUGAGUAUGACACACAUAUAGCCAAAGUCUCCAGUAGCCUAAGUAAGGUUUUACAUGAGGACAGAAAAGAAUUCCAGAUUUGGGAAAGAAGUUUCAUGACAGAGAAAGGCAGGCUUCCAACAGCUAUAGAUGUCAGAAACAGUGAGGUUGCCUUACCAAAACAAAAGAGGAUUAGACUCACAGAGCACCUCCUGAGAAGUUUUGGCGUAAACCUACACAUGAUGUGACUUUAUCUGUGUGUAUGAUGGCAUAUACCUGACCUGUAACUUUCUCCUCCCAAACCGCGUUCCAGGCUUGGCGGUAUAUAAAAGACAGUCUGGUUGGGAAGAGGCCUGACAUCCCCUUCCCAUAAAAACGCCCUGUAUGUCCCAAACCGCGUUCCAGGCUUGGCGGUAUACAAAAGACAGUCUGGUUGGGAAGAGGCCUGACAUCCCCUUCCCAUAAAAACGCCCUGUAUGUCCCAAACCGCGUUCCAGGCUUGGCGGUAUACAAAAGACAGUCUGGUUGGGAAGAGGCCUGACAUCCCCUUCCCAUAAAAACGCCCUGUAUGUCCCAAACCGCGUUCCAGGCUUGGCGGUAUACAAAAGACAGUCUGGUUGGGAAGAGGCCUGACAUCCCCUUCCCAUAAAAACACCCUGUAUGUCCCAAACCGCGUUCCAGGCUUGGCGGUAUACAAAAGACAGUCUGGUUGGGAAGAGGCCUGGUUUGUAUUUGUAAAUAUUUUGAUGUUCAUUUAUAUACAUGCAUAUUUAUUUCUGUGCCUGCAGCUGCAGAAAGAAAAGAAGACCUGCAUGACCCAAGUGCUACCAUCACCUUUUCAGCAGUGUGGAUGUACCUGUGCCUCAGCUUUUGGUCUACAAUCACAUCUACGGCUGAGAGAGCCUGAUAGCUAAACUUAUUACAGCAGCCGUGAGUCUCUUUCCUUCUCUCUGCAAAUAGCGGAGCGGGGGAAAGAAACUUACUCGACAGCCGUAAUAGAGGAUAUCAGGCUAAGAGAUCUAGUACUAGAUCUAGAUCUAGUAAUUAGUACUUUUUGUAUCUUUGUAUUGUUCCAGUUAAAGUAUGCCAUGUGGAAACCAAAUAUAUUUCAGCUGAGAAUUAAUUGGAAAAUGUACUUUUUAUUUAAAAUGUUCUCAUCAUAUGUUAUACGAUAUGUCCUAUUUAAAUCAUGAUAUCGAUACUGACAUUAGAUAUGUUAAACCAGACAAUUUCGAGUUGUAAAAAUGCGCAGGACAUUUAAUCAAACAUCUGACAAACCACUUGGAGUAAACCCUAGUACAGAAAAUCCAGGGGGGAUGAAACACCCCUGUAAAAAAAGUCCUAGGGAGCAAACCCUAGCCAAAAAAAGCCAGUGGGAAUGGCCCCUGAAACAAUAUGUAAAUGUGACAUUUGUGUUAAUAAUAGCUUGUGAUAAUAGCUUGUGAACAAUAAAUGGAAAUCACACACGUGACUGCAUGGG